CUCGUCUGACAACUCGACAAAAAAAAACUCUCUCCCAUCUGGUAGCCUCCGCGUCGUGCUCGUCAAAAUUGAGAUUGCCUUCGGUGUAGAUGGAUGUUCUGGUAAUCUAAUUCCUGGCGCUCUCGGCUAAGAUGGAGGAUCUAGAUGCCGCAUCGUCUCUGCCGGCGAUGGCGGAUCCUGAUCCUGUUUUGCUUCAAGUGGCGAUGCAAGAUCCUAUUACUGCCUGGCUGGGGCCUGUCGGCCCCCUCCUCCGGAAACUCCAUCUCGCACACAGUCUGCCUCCAGAUCUGCUCAGAGAUGAUGAUGAUAUUCGUCGUCUCAAGGACUUAUGCAUGUGCCUGAAAAUUAUGUCGGAAGACCAGGACGCUAACUGCAUGGUCCAGUGGUGGAUGAAGAUGGCUCGGGAGCUUUGUUAUGACACGGAUGAUCUCCUAGACGAGUUCAGCGGCAUCGGGCUUCAUCUCCAUUUUCCAGCUCGUGCGAAGGGUGAACUUUCAGGAUUACUUGCCCGUGUUAAGGAUGCGUGUGAAAGGCGACAGCGUUUCCAGUUGUCUUCUCCAAAGGCUGGCGGGGCGGAAGCCGGUGCCAGCGGCCUCACAGUUCCCAUCUCCGGCUGUAGCACAGUUAGUCAUGUGGAGCUCCCAGAGCAACUUGUGGAGCUGCUAGCUUUAGACGACGACCAGAAGACACUCAAGGUGAUACCUAUAACUGGAUGUGCAGGUGUGGGGAAGACAACAGUUGCAAGAGCCUUGUAUCACAGGCAUGGGUGGAAAUUUCAGUGCCGGGCUUUCGUAACUGUGUCACGGAAUCCACAUAUGAGGGGAUUUCUCACUAGCAUGCUCUCACAGCUUAAAGCGCCAUGGCUCAAUGGCUUUCCUGAUGUGCCGGACCUUAUUCAUGCUAUCAGCAAACAUCUCCGAGGCAAAAGGUACUUCAUUGUAAUCGAUGAUUUAUGGACUGCAUCAGUAUGGAAUAUUAUUAGCCGUGCUUUUCCCCGGGGUGAUUCUUGCAGCAGAAUAAUAACGACUACACAAAUUGAUGAUGUAGCAUUGGCAUGCUGUGGUUAUUACCCAGUCCAUAUAUACAAGAUGGAACCUCUUAAUGAUUAUAAAUAUCUAGAGUUAUUCUUCGGUAUCAAAGAAGUUCCAAACAUCCAAAAGGAAAAGUGGCUACGUGAGGACAAAGAAUAUUUCGAACAGAUGAAAGACGUGCUAAACCUUAUCUACAGCAGUCUUCCACCUCGCCUGAAGACAUGUCUGCUAUAUCUCAGCAUGUAUGCACAUGGCUACGUGAUCAAGAAGGAUGAGUUGCUGAAGCUGUGGGUAGCUGAGGGUUUUCUCAGUGCUGUGGGAGAACAAGGCCCAGAAGAAAUUGCCCAGCGUUAUUUUGAUGAGCUUGUCAGCAGAGGAAUGGUCCAAGCCGUGGACACCACUUAUCACGGCGAGGUAUUGUCAUGUUCAGUUCACCAGAUUGUACUGGAUUUCAUUAGGCACAAAUCCAGAGAGGAAAAUUUUAUCAUCACUAUUGACUAUGAUCAAUCAACUCUAGCACUUCCUGAGAAAGUUCGCCGAUUGUCCGCCCAGUUUGGAGGGGUAAAAAGUGCAUACAUACCAGAAAGCAUCGUAACAUCCAAUGUUCGGUCUCUUAUAUUUUGGGGUUUCUUCAAGUGUUUAUCUUCUUCCUUUGUGGAUUAUAGAUUUCUUCGUAUUCUGAUUCUUCAUAUUUGGGCUGAUGAAGACAACGAGAGUCUUGACCUCACUGGAAUCGGGGAGUUAUUUCUUUUGAAGUAUCUUGAGAUUGAAUGUAAUAACACCAUCAAACUUCCAGGCACAGACAUGAUUCGAUGGCUGCAACCCUUGGAGACACUGAAAGUACAUGCAAAAGUAGUUGCUUUUCCAUCAGAUAUUGUUCUUCUGGAUAGAUUACUGCACCUCCGCCUUCUGAGCGAGUAUAUUCAACACAGUGUAGUUGCCCACAUGACAUCUUUACGCACUCUUGGGUAUUUUGAUAUCGGCAGUCACUCAGAAGAAAAUAUAUUGCAUCUUGGACGGCUGAAAAAUCUUCAGGAUCUUCAGCUCACAUGUACUACCGUACAGCCAGCAGAAAAUCUGGAAAGAAAUGUACAGCUCCUAGGCUCUAUUCUUGCCGAACUCACCGUCUUGCAGUCCCUAACUCUGGUACCAUCUGCUUCAGGCUCGUCUUGUGUAAAUAUCCCUGAGGAUGGCUUCAACAUGGUGACUCCUCCUCCGGACCUGCUUCUUCGGACGAUUGAACUGUCGCGGCACUGUUGCAUCUUCUUCACCCUCCCUAAGUGGUUUGGAGAGCUGAGGAAACUGUGCAUUAUAAAGAUUGCAAUUAGGGAGUUGUCAGGGGAAGAUAUUGAUAUCCUGAAAAAAUUAUCUGCCCUCACUGCUCUCACCCUGUAUAUCCAGAAACCUCCUGCAGGAAGGAUCCUGAUGGACAACGAAGGAUUCCAAGUACUCGCCUACUUCAAGUUCAUGUGUGCUGAACCAUGCAUGUUCUUUGCGGAAGGAGCAGUGCCCAAAGUCCAAAAGCUCAAAUUAGGCUUCAAUUUAAACAAAAUGGAACCACAUGCCAUUGAAAUUGUUGGCUUCCAUCACUUGAUUGGACUUAGAGAGGUCUGUAUAAAAUUUGGGGUUCAGGAUGCUGAGGAAUUCAACAUAAACGAUGCGGAGUCUGAAUUGGAGGCCGCUAUUAGAAAUCAUCCAAACACACCUGUGAUCAGAGUACAGCGUGUUGAUGUGAUUUCUUACACCAAGGAGGGUCAGAGUACCGCGACUGAAGAAAUAGAGGGAAAACUUCAGGAGAUUCAAGAAGGCAAGAAGCAGAUCACGGAACAUUUGGAGGAACAAGAGGAAAAUCUACAGAAGAUUCACAUAGACAAGAAAAUUAUUCAUGUAGAAGAGGAAAAUAGACUGGAGAUUAAUGUGGACAAGAAAAGGAUAUCUGAAAUUUGGGAGAUACAAGACAAAAAUAAACUGGAGAUUCAGGAAGACAAGAAACAGACAAGAAACAGACCACCAACGCAAGUUGAGAGCAGACAUGCGAGAACAGAUCGUGUUUCCAGUCCCCUAAAGCAUCACGCACAAUCACUCGUCUUCGCCAUAGGGGCCAUGGGCUCCCUCCUUCUCAAACUGGGCGAGGUUAUCAAGGAUGAGUACAAGCUACAGAAGGGAGUUCAGAAAAAGGUCAAGUCCUUCUCUGCCGAGCUGGAUGUUAUGCGUGCUGCCCUUGGCAAGGUGGCAGAUGUGCCAUGGGAUCAGCUCGAUGAGCAGGUCAACCUUUGGGCUGCCGAUGUUAGGGAGCUGUCUUACUACAUGGAGGACGUUGUCGACUCUUUCUUGAUGCGUGUUGAGGGUUGUGGCUCCGACGCAAAUCAGGCCAGAUUCAAGAAGCUCAUGGCCAAUAUGGCAAACCAGUUUAAAAAGGGCAAGGCUCGCCAUGAGAUUUCCACAGCAAUCAACGAAAUCCACAAACGGUUGCAAGAUGUCACCAGACGACAUGAAAGGUAUAAUCUUGCUAAUCUACCUGCAGCCACAAGGACCACAGUUGACCCUUUCUUGGAGGUUCUAUAUGGAGAUAAGAAGAAUAUCAUCGGCCUAGAUAAAGCAAGGGACGAUAUUAUCAAGAAGAUCACUGAGGGGGACCUUGUGUCCAAGGCGCAACUCAAGAUACUCUCUAUUGUCGGAUUUGGAGGAUUGGGCAAGACUACACUUGCCAGAGAAGUAUAUGAAACCCUUCCAACAAAAUUUGAUUACAAAGCAUUUGUCUCUGUGUCUCGGAAUCAGGACAUGCAUAAAGUAUUAAGCAAUCUUCUCUUUAAACUUGACAAAAAAAGGCAUGCUAGUCUGAAUGCAGCAAACUUGGACGUUGAGCAGCUCAUCAUCGUAGUCCGAGAACUGCUUAGCAAGAAAAGGUACUUCAUAAUUAUUGAUGAUUUAUGGAAUAAAGUGGCAUGGACAACAAUCAGAUAUGCACUUAUCGACGGUGGGUGUGGAAGUAUAAUAAUCACUACAACCCGCCUUUUGGAUGUCUCAGAAAUUUGCUGCUCUUCUAAAGAUGAUAUGAUUCAUCAGAUGAAACCUCUCUCUUACCAUGACUCCCAUAAACUUUUCUAUGGAAGAAUAUUUUCAAGUGAAGUGUGUCCUUCUGGAUUCGAGCAAGUAUCCAGAGAGAUCCUGAAGAAAUGUGCCGGGGUGCCAUUAGCCAUCAUCAGUCUUGCUAGUUAUUUGGCUAAUAAUCAGAGGGCCAACCAAAUUGACCAAUGGUAUGUUUUGCUCAAUUCUAUUGGCCAUGGACUUCAAAAUGGUGAUGAUCAUGUCAAGAAGAUGAAGAGGAUAUUAUCAUUGAGCUAUUAUGAUCUCUCUCCUUAUUUGAAGACUUGCCUUUUAUAUCUAAGUAUCUUUCCAGAGGAUCAUCAAAUUAGCAGAGAUGAGUUGAUAAGUAUAUGGAUUUGUGGAGGAUUUAUCCAAGUAAAAGAUGAAACUGCUAGCCUGCUUGAGCUUGGAGAGAGCUACUUCAAUGAGCUAGUAAACAGAAACAUGAUCAUGCCGAUAAACAUACAUGCUGAUGGAAGGGUUGAAGCUUGUUGCGUACAUGAUAUCAUGCUGGAUCUUAUAUUUGAAUUAGCAAGUGGAGAAAACUUUGUUACUAUACUGGAUGUUAUCAAGGGAGGCACACCUUUGGCAAAGAAGUUCUGCAGAUUGGACAUCCAGAAGAGCAUGACAGAUCUCACCAAUGCUCAGAUGGCUACCACAAGCAUGACAAAAGUGAGGUCUUUUAGCAUUUUUAGUCCUGCUAUUACUAAAAGGAUCCCCCCUCUUUCUAUAUUUCAAUUUUUAGGGGUAUUGGAUCUGGAAGGUUGUGAUCUUCAAGGUGUUGACCUUAGGCAUGUUGAGAACUUGUUACUCUUGAGACACCUGGGGUUAAGGGGUACAAAGGUUGGCAAUCUUCCCAAGGAAAUAGGAAAGCUACAGCUUUUGCAGACACUGGACUUGCACUGGACCAAUUCAACAGAAUUGCCGUCGAGUGUUUUUCAGCUAGGGAAUUUGAUGUGCCUAAUCCUUGAUUCAAAUAUGCAACUACCAAAAGGGUUCUGCAACCUGACAUGCCUUGAACAGCUGAAGGGAGACGGGGUGGGCCAUUUCUCUGCCGACAGUGCAGAAGAGCUGGGCCGCCUGGACAGGCUAAGGUAGCUCUCCUUUAAGUGGGAUUCCAGGAGAAAAACUCCAAGACGAUUAUUUGCGGAGCCGGAUAAUCUGAGGAGAACUAACGAACCUAUGACUCAUUUCAUAUACCCUAGUCUGAAAGGAAAAGAAGGUGUAGUUGAGACCCUAGGAAAUCACCUGAAAAUUGAUAAAGCUUUGAUUGAGUCCCUAGGCAACCUGCCCGAACUCGAGAGUCUGGAGAUCUCCUCUGCUGGUCCUUGGGAUGCCAACCUUAUGCAGGAUUGGGUGCCGUCUCCAAACCUCCGCAGGCUUAAAUAUGACGGACAUCUCGAGAGCUUGCCUACAUGGAUUUGUUCUUCGUCGCUUCCCCUACUCUCCAACCUAUAUCUAUAUGUUACUAAAGUGCGAUUUGAGGAUAUCCAGAUCCUUGGGAUGCUGCCGGCUCUCCGUUAUGUCACUCUCAUGUCAGAUCUAGGUGAUGGCAAGAACACAGUGGAAAAGUUGGUGCUUACCGUUGGUGCCUUCCCCAGAGCAAGAGUGUGCCUUUUUCACAAUCUUUUACUGGUGCACCCUACGUUCCAACCAGGAGCUAUGCCAAUGGUUCAACGCCUUCGCUUCGGUCUCCGAGUGAAUGACAUUCUCAGUCCUGAGUUCGAUUUGAGCAUAAGGAACCUUGAUUCGCUCAAGAAACUCAGAAUUGACCUUUUCAAUGAGGGAAGCAGACCUGGGGAUUAUUCUCAACCCAUGGACGUGCUGAGGCGUGUGGCAGAUGAGCAUCCCAAAAGCCCCACCCUUCGUGCCGAUAAAUACUGACAUGAUGGAGAGGCCGAGUCGAGUUGAGCCGAGCGAUGAACAAAAUCCUGUGUCCUGAAGGUCCGUGCGGUUGUUUUCUACAUCAGG